AUGACGCGCCAACGAUCCAGGACUUUGACCGGCAUCACGACCUUCUUGUCACUGACUGGGACCAUCGACGCCUUUGGCUCUCCAUUCAGACGCGACCAUGAUCACCUCGGCCCGAAUGUUCACGUUCACCAACACCAACAUCAGCGCCGGCAGGACCCAUCCCUGAGCCAGUCCGAGAUCCUCACCGCACCAUCAGCCACUGACUACAUUCCACCAACGCCGUCUAUAGUAGCAUCCAUGCUACCCAGCAACGACACUUUGCCUACCUAUCAACCUAACUCAACGGUUACCAUUCAAGAAGCCAUCUUCACUCUCUGUCCAGGCCAAUCAUCAAACCCGACUGGAGGCUUCCCCGUUCUGCCGUAUUCAUUGUCCGCCACCACAGAGAUUGUUAGCGCGACAGCCGUCCUACCUGAUGGCUCCCAUACCACCUUUGCCUCCACCGCAGCUCCGCUAAAACACCGCCAAGCGGAGAAAUCAGCCCAACCAACAGGGGAGGCCAGAAUCGCGCUCGGUGACAACGGGUGCCAGACGCUCUUCGCACCGCGCGUUACGGCCAUUUGUAGCACGACUAUCUCUCCCGUUGGAAUCCCAGAGGUGACUGUGACGGACUGUGAACAGUGGGUGACGUUCAGUAGCGAUACGAAAAUCUGCCCGACGUACUACCCACCGCCAACGAGCUACACAGUCAGUAUGCCAACUGUGGUGCCCCCUGUUCCGCUGCCGUCCCCAGUCGACACUGGAGACGCGGUCUCGGCGGCGCCGGUCGCCGAACCUACGGGCGAGGUUAAUGCUGGUAACGCAGAGGCUCCUAUACUACCUCCAGCAAACACAGACGCUGCAGCAGAUGUUGGUUCGGCUCAGCCGACCCAGCCCAGUUCAACGCCUCAGAUCCCGCUUCCAGAAGAUGUGUCAUUGGAAGAGACACCGACGAUCGCUGGCGUCCCAUCUACGAACUCUGACGGGGCACAAGCUACUAGCAGCAGCGACCUUCCCAUCCUCUCCAUCUCAGUCAUCCCUGUCCCAGCAUCCACUCUUGAGUCUUCCGUUUUCACCGACUCGUCUUCCCCAGUCGAGACGCCGUCGAGCCUUCCCGUGCCCGUAAACGAAACAGAAAGCUUACCGGGAGUUCAACGGCGCCAGACAGACCCCGAAGCCGCAGCAUUGCCGUUGUCACCACCCUCACCCGCUGGAGACUACAUCGCUCCCGGACUCUAUUACGCCGCAGCAUGGUACGACGUCGCGCGCGGUGGUGUGCCUCCCCUCGUUCAGGCCGUCGACUGUGAGCCAGGGAACAGCGACAACGGGUAUAAGGUGGAAUGUGAGACGUACUCGGAGAAGUGGACACAGACAAGUUACUUGAGGACAGUCACGGAGGUGCGACCUGUGACCUACCAGGGACCCGUUGUGAUCACGGACGGAUCAUUGACUUACACCACAACAAUCAGCAUAGCAACACUCACAACCACUACGAGAAUAACGUGUACCCCAACGGUGAUCAAGCAGCGGAUCUAUACGGACGACGGCCCCACCGCUGUUCCGCCAGCGGCUGCGGCGCCGGGUGAGUCUGCGGCAGAUGAACAGCAGCCGGAGAGCACGACCACGGUAACGGGAACGGUCACAAAUGUAGUCACUGUGUUCGAUGGGGUGGCGACUAGCACGAUUGAGCUGGUGAGCGGUGCGAGCGCUUGA